UGUUGCCUAUAUGGUCACAAACCAGACUGAGAUUAAAGGAUCUUCAUUAGUUCCUUACGUCAAAACAUCAAGGUUACAACCCCGAACAUGUAUUGGACCAUCCAGAGAAAUAUGGCAAGAGCUAUUAAUUAUAUGCCAGUACACCCAGAAUACCAUAAGAAAUGAGAGAGACGCAAGUCAAAAUUUUUUCUUGUGAAAGGUGAGUGUCUUUUAACCUUUUUAUUAGGCCAACAACUUUAACUUCUUCUUGAAAACUCUUUGAUUAUUAGCAAAACAUUGGUACAUUUGCAUCGCUAACUUGCCAAACGUUUACUUUUUACUGUCAAGGAAACUUCAAAACAGUCAGUUCCAAAGUCCUACAAAGUACAGUUCGUUUCUUUGGCGCCUUUAAAUUCACACUUCGAUUUUCAGGCGUUACAAAUAAGUUACUACAUUACACCAAAGUCCAAAAUCAGUUUCUUCGUUUAUGUAUUACUUGAGCUUCAAUAAACUUUAGAGCGCACUUAAUACCUUCGGACUCUUGAAGCUAAAAACGGGCCAAAAUUUGGAUCUUCCUUGCUCUCCCUUUUCUGCAACCAAAUAAAUCGCCAGUCGACAUAUCUUCGAUCUUAUUUUUCAUUUUUUCUCAACAUCCCGAUCAGUCUAAAGGGGGAAUUUGAAUGUGUGUAAUUUCAAAGAAAUGAUGGAUGGACAAUGUGCGCAGGGGAAAUCUUUUUGCUUACUCUGUUUCGCCUUUUUAUAUUAGGGACUUUAAGAUAGGAUGACUACGAACUACGACUACGGCUAAACAUGCUACUGCGCAUGAUCAGAACCAAGUGACUGUUCAUUUUUCCCACGUAGUCCUGCGGCUACAGUAAGUUGUUGAGCUGUUUUGCGUAGUCGCGAUUACGGAGAACAUUUUGCUCGCAUUUUGCCGUCUCAGUAAUUCUAGACUCUCGUCUUUUCAUAAAAAUGUUUUCAAUUCACUUGUUUUAAGUGAGAGGGAAGCGAAAUGUGUAAGUUGUGUCUAAUUUCUGCUCAGAUUUACGCUUUUAAUAUACCCGAACCAUUUAUAAGAGUUGUGACUACAUUUUUAUCUAAGACUAUAAGCUUACCUGUUUAUACGCAGAAUUCAGUUUGACGGCCGAGAACAGAAAUCGUGCAGGUAAUCUCUUUUCUCUUCGCACUUUAAAAGUUUCAAAGUUUGUUCGACAUGACUGGUGUGUUUUUCUCCUAGUGUAACCUUUUUUACGCCAGUUUUUAUAUCGCUUUUGCUAAAUGAAAAUAAUAUAAACAUUUUUGAGAUAAUGGAAACUCGGCACUUCGAUACUUCAAAUUACUAGUACAUAGUAAUCGGAGAAGUUCAAAUCAAAUAAAUGAGCUAUUACUAUUUCUGCGGAAAAUGAUAAAAACUGUGCAACCAAAGCUUUGUUCACCAUUUUCGCCCGACGUUGCUUCCCCAAUAUAGAAUUUGUUCAUUAUUCUAUUUAUUAAAAGAUAACAUCACAUGCGAAAUACUUGCAUUUUGUGAACUGAACAUGAAAACGAAAAAAUCUUUGCGUGUUGUUUCCCUCUCUCUUCUCUCGUAGUCUACUGUCUGUACUGCAAUCUUAACGUUCUAUUUUUGUACGACUCAAACCAGUGCUACAAACAAAGGACUACGCUUGUCCAGCAGUAGUUUGUCGAUUACCCUGUCUCUGAACCAUCAGGAAAAAGAAAAAAAAACUCUGGCACCCACGGUAGCUUCCUUAAUUUGUUUCGUGACUUUUUUAAAAUUUAAAGUUUAAAAUUUAAACAGUUGUUACAUGAUAAAUGACACCUACUGAAGUAAGGCGUCAAACGGUCACAUCUCAGAAAUACUUCUCUCUUCUACAUCUGUCACAAAAGAGAUCGUAAAAUAACUUCAAUAACGAAGGCACAAAGAAAUAUUCUCCAGAAAAAUCCGGAACAAUUUUAUGCUACCAUUCUUGCAAUACUUCAACUUGUACUAACAUGCAAACAAAAAUUAGGCUGAAUACAUGAUUGCCAGUUCUUUGAAAACCGACUUUAAAAAUUUGUAAGUCAGAAAACUUUUACGACUGUUGAUCAGAUAGAGACUAAAACGACUCACUUUUUACUUACUGGAGAUUGCCAGUCGCAUAAAAGCGGUUACAUUGUACAGUAAAUUGUACAUUCUACGGGGAAAGUGAAUUGCCCCUUUUCGCGUCCAAUUCAUUUCACUUCGAUUGCCCACAAGACGUUAUUUUUGUUAACUGUGCAUAUUACAAAAAGUAUGUGAAUAAAAGCGGGAAAAAGAAAUGAAUUCAUAAAAGGUAAUUGUAGUCUUGUGAGAUAUCUGCUCUUAAGCCCUUGAAAGCGAAAGGUGUUCUUCAUUCACAGCUUCUCGAAGAUAAGUAAUCAUGGCAAAUUCUCUUGAAGCUGUUUUCUUAAAAGAAAACAAUUUCAUGACUUUUUUAAUAAGUGCCAUUCUUUUUAGAGUUUUCAGACUAAAACAUAACAGUACCAAAGUAUUGAGAUCACA